UCUAUUCCAUUUCUAAUCCUCCAUUGAGAAGAAUUAGUCCAAAAUUAAAACCUUCAAGAAACCCCUUUGGCCCCAGAAGAAGGCUAGCUUUACAGCUUAGAUUAUGAGAUGUUGAGUCCUUUCAUUUGUGGCAGUUUUCAUCAUCAUCAAGAAGAGGAAGAUGAACCUCUACAGCAGGGUUCUAGCCCCUGUUCCACUCCAAGAAAAUCAAGAAAAAGCACCAAGGAUAGCAAGAACCCAUAUUCCACUCGUGGACUUGACAAGUUCUCUGCACUUUUAGCUGAUCUUGAAGAGAAGAGGCAACAGAUAUAUUCCCAGGUGGAUUCUCAGGAUAUUUCAUUUGUUCGUUUCGUUUACUCCAGCUCAAAUGAUUGCGUCCCAAUCAUAGUGAAGUUGAAGGAUCAGAAUAAGCAAGAUCAAAAUAAGGGCAUUGAUUUUAAAGAUGAACCAAGAACCACACAAAACGCAGAAGCUUUGGAUAAAUCGCCAAUAGAGACAUCAGCUGUUCAGCAUGAGGAAGAAUCCAAGCAAACAAGAUUGGAAACUGAUAAAAAGACUGAGAAGAAGAGGAUGCUUUCAUGGAACUUGAAGUUGCAUAAAUGGAGAAGACCUUCGUAUUAUAUGCCAAUGUUUAUAGUCUUGAUUUUGCUGUUCUUGGCUUUCUUUGGAAGAUCAGUAGCAAUUCUAUGCACCUCUAUUGGGUGGUAUCUAGUCCCUACAUUGAGUUCAAAAAGACCAGCAAAGAAGAAGCAAUUGGUGAGAAGAUACAGUGAAAUUUCUCCAAGGAGCAACAAGAAUAUGACUGGGGAUUCCAAGGUCAAAUCUCCUCAUGGGCGUCAAAAUAGCUUCUGAAGAUUAUUUGAUUUUUCUUGUUUCUUUAAUUUUUUUUUUCUUCUUUUUGUUUUAGAAUUAGCAUUUUUGUCUGUUGUGAUGAUGAUGUAGAAAAAAUUUUCGGUUCCCUUGUUUGGUGGGGAUUGAAAUUUCAACUCUUUGAAAUGUUCAUAAAUGUAAAUUAUGCGUUCAACGAUAUUAACUAUAUAAUGCCCUGUAAUGUUUUAUUCAAAGUGGUUUUGUAAGGUUUCUUCGAAAUUGAAUGGCACUUUUUUUAAUUGUGUUUCUAAAUAA